AUGUCUUGGAAAGAGGAUAAUGAUUGUUGUUCUUGGGAUGGGGUCACAUGUGAUUCAGUGACGGGUCAUGUGAUUGGACUUGACCUUAGCUGUAGUUGGCUUUAUGGAAAUAUCCCUUCAAACACUAGCCUCUUUCUUCUUUCUCAAUUGAAAAGACUCAACCUAGCUUUUAAUGAUUUUAAACUCUCUAAAAUUUUCCCUGAUUUUGGUCGAAUAUCUAGUUUGACACACCUUAACCUUUCCACCUCAAACUUUAGUGGUCAUAUUCCAUUUGAAAUCUCACAUUUGUCUAAAUUGGUUACACUAGACAUCUCAAACUACAUUGCGAUUGAUAGUUUUCCUGUGAGAAUUGAAAGACCAGUUUUUGAAAGGCUAGUUCAUAAUUUGACGGUGUUAAUAGACCUUGUUCUUGAUGGUGUGGACAUGUCCUCCAUCGUGCCUAGUUCGAUGAAGAAUCUAUCUUCCUCUCUAACUUAUCUAAGUCUCUCGGAUUGUAAAUUGCAAGGGAACUUCCUGACUCAUGUCUUUCAUCUACCAAAUUUGCAAGUGCUUUGCUUAGGAGGUAACUUCAACUUGACAGGUAAUUUUCCCAAAGUUAAUUGGAGUACGCCACUCAAGAUUUUGGAUGUCUCUGACAUAAGCAUGUCGGAACAACUACCAAACUCAAUCGGCAAUCUCUUGCAUUUAAGGGAAUUGUAUCUUCAGAACUGCACUCUACAAGGAUCAAUUCCCCCAGUACUUGAAAAUCUUACACAACUUACAUAUUUGAGUCUUGAGAAUAACAAAUUCAAUGGUCAAAUACCAUCAUUUCUUUCAAAUCUUGCCAAUCUUUACUAUUUAUCUCUUUCGAACAAUAAUUUUAGUGGUCAAUUUCCUGAAUUUUUUUUCAAUUUAACACAACUUUUUUAUUUAGACUUGUCAAGUAACCAACUCACUGGUCUAAUUCCAGUUUGUUUUGUCAACUCGUCACAACUUUCUUAUCUAUACUUGUCAAGUAAUCAGUUAACUGGUCCAAUACCAUCAUUUCUUUCAAAUCUUACCAAUCUUUACUAUUUAUCUCUUCCGAGAAAUAAUUUUAUUGGUCAAUUUCCUGAAUUUUUUUUCUUCUUAGCACACCUUUCUUACUUAGACUUGUCAAGUAACCAACUCACUGGCCCAAUUCCAGUUUGUUUUGUCAACUCAUCGCAGCUUUCUCAUCUCUACUUGUCAUGUAAUCAGUUAACUGGUCCAAUACCAUCAUUUCUUUCAAACCUUGCCAAUCUUCAUGAUUUAUCUCUCUGGAACAAUAAUUUUAUUGGCCAAUUUCCUGAUUUGUUUCUCAACUUAACACAACUUUAUUAUUUAGACUUGUCAAAUAACCAACUGACCGGCCCAAUUCCAAGUUCAAUCUUUGAAUUUGUGAGUCUAACUACCCUUGCUCUUUCUUCAAAUAGUUUAAGUGGUAUUAUAGAGUUUCACAUGUUUUCAAAGCUCAAAGACCUUAGGUACCUUUCUCUUUCUCAUAACAAUUUGUCUGUGACCACUACUGAAUUCAAUGUCAACUCAUCAUUUCCUCAGCUUGAAUCUUUGUAUUUAUCUGCCUGCAACAUUAGUGAAUUCCCAGGUUUCUUAAGAAGCCUAGAUCACUUAGAUCAUCUAGAUCUUUCUGAAAAUAAAAUCCAUGGUCAUAUACCAAACUGGAUGUUGGAGAUUGGAAAGGAUACUCUGUCCUGGCUAAAUCUUUCCCACAACUCUCUCACGGGCACAAUACAACUUCCAUGGAAAAAUUUGGAAUAUCUGGACCUUCAUUCUAACACGCUGCAGGGAUUGCUUCCAAUUCCACAGCCCUACAUGAGAUUAAUUUCACUGUCAAACAACAAUUUCACUGGGGAGAUACCAGACUUGAUCUGUAAUAUGAGCUUCAUUGAGAUUUUAGAUCUAUCAAAUAAUAGUUUAAGUGGUAAUAUUCCAGAAUGCAUGGGAAAUUUUAGUAGCCUUCAUGUGUUGGAUCUGCGGAAGAAUAGAUUUAAUGGUUCCAUUCCAAGAACAUUUGCAAAGGGAAACAACUAUAGGACCCUUAACUUCAACAACAAUGAAUUGAAAGGGUCAAUUCCACGAUCAUUGAUCAACUGUUCAAGGCUCGAAGUUCUUGAUCUUGGAAACAACAAGAUAAAUGACACGUUCCCAUAUUGGUUGGGAAAUCUUCCAGAGCUACAAGUGUUGGUUCUUCGUUCCAACAAAAUAUACGGUUCUAAUUGGGGUUGUUCUAAGACCAAAAAUUGUUUUUCUAAGUUGAGAAUCUUUGAUCUCUCAAACAACAUGAUUAGUGGUUUUUUGCCAGCCAAGUAUUUCAAAAAUCUUAAUGCCAUGAUGGACUUUGGUGACGCUGAGAGGAGGUUGCAAUACAUGGGUGAAGAUUAUUAUCAAGAUUCUGUAAUGGUAACUUGGAAAGGAUUUGAGUAUCAAUUAGUGAAAAUUAUCACUAUUUUCACUACCAUUGAUUUCUCAAAUAACAAUUUUCAUGGAGAGAUUCCAAAAGUAAUUGGGAAGCUUCAUGCUCUUCGUCUUCUCAAUCUUUCUCAAAACAACCUAACAGGUUGUAUUCCACCAUCUAUUGGAAAUAUGAGCGAUCUGGAAUCUUUAGACCUCUCUUCAAAUAAGCUAGUUGGGAAAAUUCCUUGGCAGUUAAUCAAAUUGAAUUUUCUUGGAUUUCUCAAUUUGUCAGAAAACCAUCUCAGCGGACUUGUACCUCGAGACAACCACUUUGAUACCUUCCCAAACAAUUCAUAUGAUGGGAAUUUGGCAUUGUGUGGAUUUCCUUUGUCAAACACAUGUGAAACUUAUGAUGAGACACCACGACCACUCUCAAAAUCAGAUGAUGGAGAAUCUUCAAAUAGUUUUGGUUGGAAAGCAGUAUUGAUUGGCUACGGAUGUGGAAUGGUAUUAGGAGUUAUGUUGGGAUAUCUUGUGUUCUCAACAGGAAAGCCUCAAUGGGUUAUUAGGAUUGUUGAAGGAAGACAACGUAGAAAGGGGAGAAGGCUGAACAACAAAGGUGGAAGAGGAAGCAGUUAG